GAGUUUUUGUCCGUGAAUACCCCGUUUUUUAACGACUCACAGCAACAACAUGUGGGCAAAGUUAAGGGAAUAAGACAAUAAACAUGCAACCUUUUUUUUUCAAAGAAGACUCCUGGGAAAAGGAAAAAUAAAUCAUUGUGUUCUGCAUGUGUUAAGUCUGUGGUUGUAAGGACAGGGCACAGCUCCUGACUUCCGCCUUCAAGUUACCUCCCACCUGUUAUACUUUUUUUACUGCUGGCUGCCAGUAAGAACAUCUGAGGGAGCACGUUUAGUUUCAUCUUCGCCAGAGUCUCUUUGUGCAGGAUCCCAGCUGGAGAGGAAGCUUGCACUGACCAAGGCUGCUCACCAGGAAUCUGACUGGUACUUCACUCUCUGUUUAAACUGGGCCGUCCUGCCAGAAGCUCGGCUAUUGAUGGCUUUUGAUGGCUGGUCUCCCUGUGUGCUUGCUGGUUCUUCAGUGGGGUGCGCUGUUGGUGGCAAGAGCAGCUGUGCUUCAGUCUCCUCAUUAUUGUUUGCAGCGAGGAGAGGAGAAAAUAGAAGAGGACCUGGGAAUGGCUGCCCCAACCGUUGUGACGAUCCAGCCGCAGUUUGGUGGGGCCAUGUCCUCUGUCUCGAGAUGCAUGUGGCAGACAAGCCUGAUGGACUGCUGCACCGACUGUGGUGUCUGCUGCUGUGGGAUGUUCUGCUUCCCCUGCCUGGCCUGUCAAGUGGCUGGGGACAUGAACGAGUGCUGCCUGUGUGGGACCAGCGUGGCCAUGAGGACCAUGUACCGCACCAGAUACAACAUCCCGGUCAGUGCUGAGCCUGCCUGCUCACCUGCUGCGAGUCCGAAAGACAAGGGGUCCAUUUGCUCUGACUUCUGUGUUACCCUGUGUUGCCCUGUGUGUUCCAUUUGCCAAAUCAAGAGAGACAUCAACCGCAGGAGGGAGCUUGGCAUAUUCUGAUGCUGCCAUCCUCGCUGCAUCCUUGGAGCUGCUGCAGGCAUGAGUCACUGCUGCCCUGACUGUUGGGAAAUGUACCCUGUGAGGCUUGGCUUGAUGGCAUUUUAUUUCCCCUAACUAACUGCAGCAAUAAAGUUUUGAGUUUGUCUUCCUA